UGUUUAACGUUGCACAGCAUCAAUUGUGUGGAAAAGGUUCUCAGAGAGUUCAGGCACGAGGAAAUCUGCAGAUGCUGGAAAUUCAAGCAGCACACACAAAACGCUGGUGGAACACAGCAGGCCAGGCAGCACCUGUAAGGAGAAGCACGUUUCGGGCCGAGCCCCUUCUUCAGGACCUGCUGUAUUCCACCAGCAUUUUGAGUGUGCUGUCAGAGAGUUCGGGAGUUUGUUUAUUUCAGACUACAACUCCCAGCAUGCAUGUAGAUCAUCUGUGAUGACAUAGAACGUGUGCGCCGACUCGAGACUGGUUCGGAUGAGCAGCGUGAGCAUGGCAACGGCGGAGGGGUUGAAAAAACCGGUGUUAGAAGUGGUACAGGCAGAAGGCUGUGAUGAAUCAAGUGUUACCUUUAUAUUGCAUGAUGAGGACCACACUCUUGGGAAUUCCCUACGAUAUAUGAUUAUGAAGAACCCAGAGGUAGAAUUUUGUGGCUACAGCAUCACUCAUCCAUCAGAAAGCAAAAUUAACUUUAGAAUUCAAACAAGAGGGGGAAUUCCAUCUAUAGAGCCUUUUCGUAGAGGUCUCAAUGAACUAAUGACUGUGUGUCAACAUGUAUUAAAUACAUUUGAGGACAGUAUAAAGGAACACAAAGAGCAGCAUAAACAAGAAGCAAUGGAUCAAUUUUGAUACAACAUACAUAAUACUGUACAUUUAUAUAUUUUGAAAAAUAAACAUAAAAAAUUACAAUA